CGAGGGGGUCACGGCGGUCAACAGGGGUGUUGAGUAUACAUGAGGCCAGGCCCCGGCACUGCCUGACAAGAUCAUGGGCCGACCAAGAGUCCAAGUCGGCAGCGAUAGUGGAUAUGGCUUGAGAGUCUUGGGUUGCGCGGAGCCGCGGGUAUCUCACAGACGCUCUCAUCCCGGCCUCAUCGCUGUAGAGGUCAAGACAAGGUCAAGAUGCCCAACGAACCGCCUUACAAGCAGCUGUACGACGAGCAAGGAUUCGUGAUAAUCCCACAUCUCAUCCCAGAAGCGUCAUUCAAGGAGUUGGUGGACGCCGCUGAGUGCGCUAUCGCGCGCACUCGUUCGGGCGAGUGGAAGCUAAGGCGAACGGUUGGCAGUCAGUUCCCGCCGUAUGACCCGGAGAGUCCGGACUCCUGGGGAGUGCAGCACGUCAUGCACCCCGACAUGGGAGAGCCAGCCUUCGCCCAGUGGUACACGUCAGAUCCACUCGUCAAUGCUGCAAAGAGCCUCCUCGACUGUAGUGAAGAUAAGCUGCAAAUGGAACUCUUCAACAUGCUGAUCAACCCGGAGUCUCACGCCUUCGCCCUGCGAUGGCACCGCGACGACGUGCGCGAGAAGGCGACGGAGGACGAGGAACGUCAGGCGCUGAACAUUUGGCACCACGGCGUCCAAUGGAACACUGCGCUCUACGAAGACUCAUGCCUGUACGUUGUCCCCGGAUCUCACAAGGUCCCUCGAACACCGGAACAGCGCGCUCUGUCAUCGACCCAGGACCCUCCUGAGAACCCUCUGGACAUGCCGGGCGCGAUCCAAGUAACACUGAAACCCGGGGAGACAGUGUUCUACAAUAACAACAUCCUGCAUUGCGCGACGUAUGACCCGCACCAGAAGCGCGCGACCCUGCACGCCUGCAUGGGAGAUACCCGCGGCGGCGCGACCCGUGCCCGCAACAUCCUCCAGCAUGGCUUGUUCUGGAUGAAAGAGCCGCGCUUCCGAGACACGCUUGGUGAGCGAGGGAAGAAGAUGCUCGAGCGGCUCGUGAAGAUGCAGGAGAGCGUGAAUGGAGACCUGGGAUACUCUCAGCUCAACUGAGGGUCAGACCUCAAGGUCUGGCGUCGAUGUUUUAGUCGGUGGUCAAUUGCAUAAUGCAACGAAGGAUCUGUACACGAUGUAUGCACGCCGCGGGUCACAACUAUCUCUGAUGCCUACAUGUGUCGAUGCCCUGAAGCGGUGUAUUAUGCAUACUGUAGGUCGCAUUUGUCAUGCUGUUUCCUGCAGGAUGCGGGCAACGGGGAUCUUGAAUCGUACAUGUUCUAUGGAGCGCAAUCUACAAGUGGACGAUACAGACUCGACAGACCGAUACCAAGAGACCAUUUGUUCUCAGGCCA